AUGGCUCUGUCCUGCGUGCUGAGGCCACCGCGCUGCCAUCUCCGCCCUCCCAGCCUGCCCGCUCGGCACCGCAGCCUGGUGACAACCACGGCAGCAACGUGGGGAGGGAAGAAAAAGGCCAGGGUGAGCUGCAGCCUGCCGGAGCCUUCCUGGGAGGAGAGGUUAGCAAAUGCAGUGACACCACUGUGGAGACUUCCCUACCAAGAGCAGCUGCAGGUAAAGUAUGAAAGCCAGAGGAAGAUUUUGCAGACGCUAGCAUCUCGUCUUGAGGAGCUGGGCAUAGAUGCACAGAAACCUGGUGGGCUCUGCUGUCCUCUGCAGCCUGUAGUCCCUUCGCCCAUCAUUAAUGGCUACCGAAACAAAUCGACUUUCUCUGUGAACCGAGGACCAGAUGGGAACCCCAAAACUGUGGGGUUGUAUGUAGGAACUGGCAGAGAAAGAAAUAUUGUCUGUGUGAAAGCCAACCAUGUGGAGAACAUGCCCUCAAAACACAAACAAGUAGCCCAGUGUUAUGAGGAGUUCAUCUGUCACUCCCCCCUGGACUCCUGCCUCCUCUUCCAUGAAGGGGGACACUGGCGAGAGCUCGUGGUUCGUACCACCAGCUGUGGCCACACCAUGGCUAUCAUCACCUUCCACCCCCAGCAGCUGGGCCAGGAGGCACUGGCUACUCAGAAAGCAUUGCUGAAGGAGUUCUUCACAUGUGGGCCUGGAGCAGUCUGUGACUUGACUUCACUUUAUUUCCAAGAGAGCACUAUGACACGCUGCUCCCAUGAGCAGUCCCCCUACCAGCUCCUCCAUGGAGCACCGCACAUCUUCGAAGAACUGCUCGGCCUGAAGUUCCGCAUCUCUCCAGAUGCCUUUUUCCAAGUCAACACGGCUGGAGCAGAAGUUCUGUACCAGGCAGUUGGGGAGCUCUGCCAGGCUACUGGGGACACUGUCCUCCUUGACAUCUGCUGUGGAACAGGCACAAUUGGUCUCUCUCUGGCUCACCAAGUGUCCAAGGUUAUUGGUGUCGAGGUGGUGGAGAAGGCAAUAGAGGAUGCUGAGUGGAAUGCAGCAUUCAAUGGGAUCUCAAACUGUGAGUUUCACAGUGGAAAGGCAGAGGCUGUGUUACCACAGCUCCUGGCAUCGUGGGAGGAUGCCCGACCACUUGUUGCUGUGGUGAACCCUUCUCGGGCUGGCCUACAUUACAGGGUGGUACGAGCCAUCCGGAACUGCAGGUCCAUCCGCAGGCUGCUCUACAUCUCCUGCAAGCCAGAGGGUGAAGCCAUGAGGAACUUCCUUGAGCUAUGCUGCCCACCUGACCCACGGAAGAAGCUGACAGGGGAGAGAUUUGUCCCUCUGCUGGCUAUUCCUUUUGACAUGUUUCCUCACACUGUUCAUUGUGAGCUGCUGCUGCUGUUCACCCGCUGACAAGGAGGCAGGAAUGAGCUCUGAGAGCUUGGAAGCAACCUCUUCCUGUCCUGAAGAGCCAAUGUAUUUAGGAUUUAAACUUAUUUUCUGUGAAGUUGUAUAAAAAUAAAUAAUUUAGGUAUUUCUCUUUCUUUGGCUAGCCUACCAACACUGUUCUAUAAGGAACUACUUGGAUUUCUGGGGUAAAAAGGUUCUCUGUAGCAUUUCAUCACCUUCCCUUCCCCUGAAAACCUAGGGAUGCUGGUUAAAGCAGCCUGGAAAAAACUCUCCCUGUGUUGAGGGAGCCGGUAGCUCGGUGUUCGAGCUGCCAAUCUUGCCCUGGAUAGAGGGAAAUCACUGGAGCCCCAGGCAAGGAGCUGUGAAUGGGUGCUGACCUCGAGGACACGGGACUUCCAGCCCUGCCUGGGUGUGGGUGGCUUCUCACCCACAGACUCUACACAAACCAAUGAACAAUGAGAAGACACCUCUAAUUUGCCACUGGUCAGAACUGUUGUGGGAGAUUUGGGAUGGAGGAAUAUGAAAACCCAGGGGUUCCUUUGUUGGGGUCCUUGCCCCGAGGAAGCACCAGCUUUGACAAUGAGAUUUUUCUAUAAAACGAAAUAAAGAAAACAGAUUUCAAUGCCUCUCUUUCCACAUCUGCCUCCUCCUUCUCCACUAAUGAUUGCUCAUGCCUAAAUAUGAAGUGCCCUGUGAAAAUGUCAGCUGCCUUGUUUUUCCUCUUCAGGAUGUUCUGCAAUAGCCAAUUUAA